AUGAAUUUUUUAUUGUCAAUAAUUAGAAAUGCAAUAAUAAAAAUGUUGGAAUUAAUAUGGUUUGGUAAACGAAAAAUAACAAAUUCAUUGAGUAUUUACAUAAAAACAAAUACUGGAAGCACUCUGACAGUUGAUUUGGAUCCAAAGUGGGAUAUAAAAAAUGUUAAAGAAAUAUUGGCACCGCAGAUGGGAAUGCCAGCUGAAGAUAUUAAAAUAAUAUUUGCUGGCAAGGAAUUACAUAAUUCAACAAUUAUUGAGGAAUGCGAUUUGGGACAGCAGAGUGUACUGCAUGCUGUAAAAGCACCUCGUAAAAAUCGUAAACCUUUAAACACUGGUAUCACACCGUCAAUUGAAGAGUUAGACGACGACACUGGUAGCAAACCAAUGAAUGAAACUCUCUCAGACCUUUCGCUUAAUGAAAUUAAUGAUCAAUCGAAAUCUAAACCCUUAAAUCAAGAAGAAAAGCGGGCUCAUUUUUAUGUAUUCUGCUCAGUACCCUGUAAGUCAGUAGAAGCAGGAAAAUUACGAGUUCGGUGUGCACUUUGUGGUAGUGGAGCUGUCACUGUAGAUCGCGACCCUCAGUCAUGGCCAGAUGUAAUGCAGCCAAACCGUAUUACCGUACAUUGUGAAAACGAUAAUUGUCCGACAAGCGAUUCAGAUACACAAGUCCCCUACGCGCAAUUUUACUUCAAGUGUGCCAAUCAUCCCAGUAGAGGCGAAACUGACCAAGCGGUUCCGCUCUAUCUUAUUCGACCAAAUCUCAGAAAAAUUCCCUGUCUCGCUUGUACUGACGUAAGAGAAACCGUUUUAGUAUUUCCUUGCGAGGCAGCUCACGUAACUUGUCUAGAGUGCUUCAAAGAGUACUGCAGUAUAAAGUUAUCUGAACGUCAAUUUGAUUUUGACCAGAGCACUGGUUAUUACACAUUAGCCUGUCCAGCAGGCUGUGAUAAUUCAUAUAUACGAGAAGUUCAUCAUUUCAGACUGCUAAAACCUGCUCAAUAUGAUCAAUAUCAACACUUUGGAGCUGAAGAAUACGUGCUCAGAGCUGGUGGCCUUCUGUGCCCACAGCCAGACUGCGGUAUGGGAAUAAUUCCUCCAGCUCCAGAUGAAAAUUUUACUGAAGAAGACUGCAGGAAAAUUCAGUGCGUCGGAGGAUGUGGAUACGUAUUUUGUAAAAAAUGUUUACAUGGGUAUCAUUUGGGAGACUGCGAUACCCAGCAGUCUAUUGCUUCCAGCUUUCAGUCACGGUCUGGUUAUUCUGUAGAUCCUGCGAGAGCUAAAGAUGCUAAAUGGGAUGAUGCAAGUACAAAAACAAUUCAGAAGUCAACAAAACCUUGUCCUAAGUGUCGUACGCCCACUGAACGUGAUGGUGGUUGUAUGCACAUGUUUUGUACACGUGCUGGUUGUAACUUUCAGUGGUGUUGGAUGUGCCAAACCCCCUGGACUCGUGACUGCAUGGGAAACCAUUGGUUUGGUUAA